UGCGCGGGGACAGGUGCGGUGCUGGCUGCGCGGACAGGUGCGGUGCUGGCUGCGCGGACAGGUGCGGUGCUGGCUGCGCGGACAGGUGCGGUGCUGGCUGCGCGGACAGGUGCGGUGCUGGCUGCGCGGACAGGUGCGGUGCAGCUUCUCUGCCUGCUCGCACUCUCCUGCCCUCAGUCCCGGGCUGCAGAACGAGAGGUGAUCCUCGGUCACAGCGUCAGCUUCAGCCCUGGAAUAUAUGGGAACUCUCUGGUUCAGCCCAAUCGGACCGGGACAGUCCGGACCCCAGAACUUUCCCUGUCCACCGUGCAGCUCUGCCAGCCUGACCAGCCGUGCACUGCGUGUGUGAGGACCCGGGUUCGACUGGACACCAGGGUUGCUCUUAGGCUGCAUGAACUCCACCUUCAUUGGCUGGAGUUGAAGAGUAACCAGCAGAGCGUGCUGCGGGUGUUGCGCAGGGGGAGGCGUGGCCAGGCUAACAGCACGUGGGACCUGGUGUACGGUCAUUUCUCCAGUGACGACAAGGUGGCGAUCCUCCACAGAGAGAACUCGACCAGCCCCCCGGGCACGUGGGAGCUCACCUAUGAUUGCUUCGAGUCUGACGGAGGCCACAAAGUGGCGGUGUUCCUCAAGACCAUACCUCAGAGACAGAGGCUGCAGCUGAAAAGGAUCUACACUGUGGAGGACCACAGGAGAGGGCCAGUGUUCAGUUACUCGCUGGACAGAGGGAGGAAGGCUGUCACUGUGUCUGUGUUCCCGGGUCCAGAGGUGAAAGUGAGGCUCUGCUAUCGGCACCUGUUUGUGUGUGACAACCUGCCCUCGCCCAUCGCUGCCAGGAUCAACACUUCGCAGUCUCUGAAUGCCACCCUCAGCAUUCCCUUCCUGGUUCCUUGUCUCUGCAUCGAGGUAAAUGGAAAGCAAUUCAUUCCACUGUCUGCAUUAUAUCCUGCAGGUACACGACGAGGGUCUGUGUGCAUUGCUGAGUGUAUCUCUCUAUCUCUCUCUCUCUCUCUCUCUCUCUCUCUCUCUCUCUCUCUCUCUCUGCUCCGUCAUAAUAAUAUAGAAGUCUCGCAGCGCAACUGGCGAAGAACAGUCUGUCCGUUCAAAGACUCCCCCCAUACCUGUGACGAUGACCUCUGGCACUCCAGUACGUUUCGCCACCACGGCUCGGAGCCCAGCGGUGUGAUGAGUCUGGAGUUCAGUCACCCCUGUCCCAUCCAGCUCUCUGCCUCCCUCUGCUGGCGGACUCAGGGCACUGCACUGGCGCCGUGUCAGGAGAUAGCCAACUCUUCAAUAGAGGAACGAGACUCGGUGUUCAGUGUCUCCGGUGUAGACAGACACCCGCGACUCUGUUUCAAGCUCUCCUACGGCAACAGCAACCAUGUGGAGUGUCCCAGCGAAGCAGAGACAGAGUGGAGUGUGGAGGUGGAUCCAGAAUUCCUGAAAAUACACCUGCACAUCACCACCACUAUCCCAGCAUCCUUCAGUGCCGUGCUGUGCAGCCCCGAGAGAGAGGGGGCGGGCUGCGAUCCACAACUACCAGUGCACACCAUCACACGGCCGGCUGGUUCCAGUGAGAAGGAGCUCCACAUGAUCCUUGGAACCCGCGCACUGGGGCUCUGUGUGCAGGUUUGGCGUUCGGACUCGCGAUACUUUGGGAAGAGGUUGAUCUGUCCUGAGUAUGCUUAUGGUAGGCUGGGUCUGGUUGCCACAGCGAUGCUGAUUGUAGCAGUUUCCACGGCGAUGCUUGUCUUCUUUGGUUACCGUUUCACUCAGAGAGUUCUGUCAGGCUCCCUGUGGACACGCACGCCUGUGCUGCUGCUCUACACUGCAGACUCAGAGGAGCACGUAUCCCUGGUGUGCGCUCUGGCCUCCCUCCUGCAGGGGGAGCUGUGCUGCGAGGUGCAUCUGGACCUGUGGGACAGCUCAGGGCUGGGGGGCCUGGGGCCGGUGCCGUGGCUGUACAGCCAGAGAGAGGCAGUGUGGAGGGAGGAGGGGAGAGUGCUGCUGCUGUGGAGCAGAGGGGGCAGGGAGCUGUACGAAAGCUGGAAGAGAGGGAAACAGCAGCCAGCUGACCUCCUGAGAAAUAUGGCCCCGAAAACACAGGCGGACCCCCACGGAAUCUUCCAGGCCGCCCUGGCCUGUCUCCACAGCGACGUGGAAAGUGGGCUAGCGGGGGGCUACGCCUUGGUGUAUUUUGAUGGCUCUAAACGGGACAUCCCGGACUCCUUCAAGGGGGUGCCCAGGUUCAAGCUGCCCAGGCAGGGAGGCGGGCUGCUGCAGGAGCUGCACAGAGGGGAUACCCGGGCUUGCUGGCUCAGGCUGGGCAUCGCUGGGCUGCAGCACUCCGAGGCAGGCAGGAGGCUGGUGGAGAGGGCGAGGCUGUGCCGGCUGCUGGAGGCAGAGAGGGCAGGCUUUACCGAGGAGCCCGAAUUUGAUAAGUCAGACGAGCUGCUCAUCCAGAGAGGUGACCCGGCGAUCGGGGAGAAACGCACGGGUAUUUAAAGCAGGAAGACCAGCGUCACCAUAAUACUUUUAAAAGUUUGAUUUGCAACCCCACCUGCAAAAUAGCAAGGACGUCAUCUAAAGAAAGUGCGAAGGAAUGAGGAAGGGUCACGUCCUCAAUCCCACAUCUCCCAAGACAAGCUUUAAGGAGUAUGUAAGGUAUAAAGUAUUUACUCGCUCCUGCUCUCCUGUGAUAAGCAAAUCCUGGGUAAACCAAGGGUUAAAGCAGAGGCACACUCCAGUUAUUCUACAGAGCGACUCGGGCAGGUUUAAUGAUCUCGUCUGAUUUGUAACCUUUAACCCACACGAACUGUCACUUCAACUAACAAACCGACUGAUUGAAAUCCAGAGAAACUGGAAAGCAGAGGCGCUCAGUGUGCUGUACAGGGCCCCUCUGUAUUCUACUAGCCAUGUUAAACAUCAAAAAAACAAAGAAACUUGCAGCAUUGAAAACAGUGAAUUAGAGAAGGGCCUUCCUGCAGGACUUGGGCACUGUGCUGUGUCACUGUCGUGGAAUGAGGAAAUAUCGAGUGGGCGCGCUAUUUAUAGUACAAUGCCCCUUUGCUCACGGCACUCUGGAAUUAGAUAUUGCCUCAUCCUGUUGUUUCCUGGUAAGUUUUGCAGUCACCCGACUGGUUCUGCAGAGAGAGACAGCAACACGUUAGGAAUGCUGAGCCCUUUUCGUUGUGUUUGUGUUUGUUUUGCCGGGUGUAUGACUGACUGGCUAUCUAUCAUUUCCUGUGUAUGAUUACAGCACCAAAACAAAAAACUUAACCCACUCAGGAUAGUUUCAGAAAGCCCUGUAGUGUCUUUUAAGGCAGGCUCCUGGCAACUGGCGCCAUUGGCUUGGAAAUUUCAAUAAUAUCCUUUCAUUCAAGUCCUACUUGCUGUUCAGCUUUUUGAUUUGAAUAUUCUACCUCAUAACCCGCUCCAGCUGCAAGGAGCCAUCAGGAAACGUCUUUGCAGCUUGCUUAGUGAAAGCCGUCACGAUCGCUGUUCUGUUUUCACAGACAGCGGGAGGGGGGGGGUUUGUUUCAUGGCAGCUUUUUAUAAUGUUGAGAAAGAAAAAGGAAAGAAAAAAGACUCUGCAGGACAAGCAAGCAACAAACAAACUUUCAGCUGCACCCAGGAGCAGUGGAAAUGACAAAACAGCACCAUAGAAGAACAUGAGCAGCUUCUACAUGUGCUCUGUGGAGACUGCUAAACAAACCAUUAAACGCUCUUUCAAGACGUGAUUCCCUUCUGAGCAUCAAUUAAUUCUGAACUAGAAAUGAAACCUGUUUGUAGAAAAUACUGAGCAUUCCAGUGCUAUAAGCGUGCGUGCGUGCGUGCGUGGCGUCUCUGUUAAAUGCAAUCAUUUCAUUUGUUGAUUUAUUAAAAGAUGAUGUAUAUACAGACA